CUAAAGCGAUUGUUCAUCGUUGUCGUCGUCGUUUGGGAUCCGAGAGUUAACUGUGGAGGAUACCUGUGCCACACAGGACAACGUAAUGCUGAAGAUAUUCCUGCUGAGCGCCGUGCUCGGCAUUGCCUGUGCUGGUGUCAUCGGUCCCGGACCUGGUCCUGGUCCGUACUAUGGCGGACAUCCUGGACCCGGUCCCGCCCUGCUGCCCUACGGGGGGUAUGCCCCGCAUCCUGGCCCGUAUGCAGCACCCAAGCCUGCGCCCGCACCAGCACCGGAGCCGUACGAUCCCGAGCCCAAGUAUUCCUUUGGCUAUGACAUCCACGAUGGCUACACGGGAGAUCUGAAGAGUCAGCACGAGACGCGGCAUGGCGAUGUGGUCAAGGGCAGCUAUUCCGUAGUGGAUCCCGAUGGCACCAAGCGCACAGUGGACUACACAGCCGAUCCGCAUCACGGCUUCAACGCAGUGGUGCGAAAGGAGCCGCUGGCCUACAAGCCUGCCCCUGCCCCUGCUCCAGCUCCUCUGCAUCUGGCAGGACCUGCUCACGGACCCAUCCCACUCCAUCUGGCUGGACCUGCGCCAGCUCCACCUCUACCGCCAGUGCCCAAGGCUCCCCUGCUAUCCUAUCCUCUGGCUUAUAGUCAUCAUGCUCCAGCUCCAGCUCCAGCCCCAGCUCCAGCUCCUGUGCCCGUACCCGUGGCUGCUCCUGCACACCAUUUCCACCCAGCAUAUCCUGCCCUAGCACACAGUCCGUACGCCCACUAUCCAGCACCCGCCCCGGUGGAUCCCCACGCCUACUAUCAUCACUAAACACAGAGACGGUGGCGGUGGCGGCGACUGUUCUGUUCUGUUCUGAUCUGAUCUGACUUGAUUUUCCUUCUAUUUCUGCUACUCCGUAACUCUCCGUGCCUCUCUCCUUUGCUUUGCUGCGUUCUUGGUGGUGUAGAUUGUCUAUAUGUCUAUAAGGUUUAACCACUAGAUCUAUGUACAUACUAUAUGCUAUCGUUAGUAAAAGAUUCUGUAGCGAUAAAUAGAUAAAUAAUCAAGAGAACAAGAGAUCCAUUAAAACUCCCUUCU